AGCGGCCGCGCCACCACAGCGAACAGCGAGGCACACCUCGACUCGAGUCGCGAGAGGCUUCCCUGCUCGUCGCCCCCCUCCGCCUCGCUUCGCGUUGCUCUAUCGCGCGCGCCCCCGUCCGCUCCAGGUAGCUUAGAUCCCCCGCGGGCAGCCGAUCGGUGGGGUUCCGGGCGGCGGUGGUGGUGGCGGCGGAGGAGAGGGAAGCGGCGGGGGCCGGGAGGGCGGCGGGGAUGGCUCUGCUGCGCCGGCGCCGGCGCGGCCGGUGACGCCCGCCGUGGCGGUCGCCUGAGACCGCCGUGUGUCGGGGUGGACGGGGGAGCGAGGCGGCGAGGACGGUGGGGUUGGAUUGGAUUGGAUUAGAUUGCGCGCCGUCUGCUGAGGAGAGAAUUGAGGUUGGGAGUUGUUUGUCGGUGGUGUGGGCUUGAUAACUUCACGGGGGGAGAGAGCUACUUGAUCUGAUUCCUUCAGCAGUAGAGUUGAGGUCGUUACACAAAGGGACUUCUUAGGGCGGUAUUUGAUUAUUUUGGAGCUGUGAGAUUCUGCACUAAACAGUCCACUCUUCGAUCUGGGUCCAUCUAAGCAAAGUAUCGGAACUUCAAGCUCACUUAAACUCAGGUUAUAGUAAGUGUUUGGCCUUAGCAGAGUUGAAGAUAAGGACGGGAGCUAAGGUUUAAACUCUGCUGACUUGGUUUUUGCAUACAACAGAUCAACUCCAGUUUUCAGUAGAGUAACGACAAUUGGAUCAAUUCAAGUAGGUGAGUGGAAUUGAUCCUUCUGAAGAUUCUGAUCCAAGUUCAAUUCACGAGUAGAUUCGUGAAUUAUAUAGGUUUUCUCGUGGAAAUUGAACACUAAUUUGGCUGCUCUUUUGGGGCCGGGUGCAUAAAUUUGAAAUAUUGGGAGUGCUGGUGUGAUAUAGAGGUCUAGGAGGAGAUAUGAGGUACUAUUUGCGUUAGGUCCAGCGUUUGGUUGGAGAUAUGGAAGGAGGAGCUCUCUUGUUUAUAGAUGACCUCAACUCCAAGUGACCAAGCGAGCAGCUGUUGAACAAUUUCCUUUUAUUUCUGUUUCUUUUUCCUGGAUUUGGAGAUGGAGGUGAAUUCCUCUGGUGAGGAAAUGGUGGUAAAGGUAAGAAAGCCGUACACAAUAACAAAGCAACGCGAGCGGUGGACUGAGGCAGAGCACAAACGCUUCCUUGAAGCCUUGAAACUUUAUGGCAGAGCAUGGCAGCGCAUAGAAGAGCAUGUUGGGACAAAGACGGCUGUGCAGAUUAGAAGUCACGCUCAAAAGUUCUUCACCAAGGAAGAUGAAAUUUCUGAAGAGGUCUCAUGGCCGGAUAUAUUAAUCAGUAAGGAUCUUGAGUGUCUUGCCUUUCAUAGAAGUAGCCUCAAAAGAUCUGGUGCUAUCAUGUGCAUGGAUAGUGUUAUGCACGAGUUCAAUGUGCCUCAGUUGGAAAAGGAAGCUAUGAACAAUGGUACUUCUCCGGGGCAAGCUCAUGACAUUGACAUACCUCCACCACGGCCUAAAAGGAAGCCUAACAGUCCGUAUCCUCGAAAAAGUGGUCUCAGCUCUGAGACACCAUCGAAGGAAGUUCCAAAUGAUAAGUCAACAAAAUCAAAUAUGACAGUAGGCAAUGGCAAUGUACAAAUGGCAGGCGAUGCAUCUCUGCAGAAAUUUCAGAGGAAGGAGGUGUCUGAAAAAGGAAGCUGCUCGGAAGUUCUUAAUCUCUUCCGAGAUGCCCCAUCUGCAUCAUUUUCUUCAGUUAACAAAAGCUCUUCGAAUAAUGGUGUACCCAGGGGGAUUGAACCAACCAAAAAAGAAAUCCGAGAUGUGACUACCAUGGAAAAGAAUUCAAUUAGUCCCACCAUGCAAGAGGAUGUAAAAGAGAUAAAUGAUCAGGAAAUGGGAAGGGUUAAUGGAAUCCAUGUCAGUUCUAAAUGUGACCAUUCUAAUGAAGAAUAUUUGGAGACAACAUAUGUGGACAAACAAACUGCAAGAACUUCACAUACCCUGGUGGAGAGGAAUGGUGCAACUAGCAUUCCUGUCACUGGAACCAAAGGAACUCAUCCUGAUCAAACAAGUGAUCAAGUGGGAGUCAAUGGAAGUAUGAAUCCAUGCAUCCAUCCAAUGCUUUCUAUGGAUCCGAAAUUUGAUAGCAGUGCCACACCACAGUCUUUUGCUCAUAAUUAUGCUGCCUUUGCUCCGAUGAUGCAGUGCAACUGCAAGCAAGAUACCUACAGAUCAUUCGUGAACAUGUCAUCCACCUUCACCAGCAUGCUUGUUUCCACAUUGUUGUCAAACCCUGCCAUCCAUGCAGCCGCUAGGCUCGCAGCAUCGUACUGGCCAGCUGCAGAAGGUAACACUCAUGUUGAUCCAAAUCAAGAAAAUCCUGGGGAGGGUGUUCAAGGAAGAAACUUAGGCUCUCCUCCAAGCAUGGCUUCUAUUGUAGCAGCUACAGUUGCUGCAGCAUCUGCAUGGUGGGCAACACAAGGUCUUCUCCCUUUUUUGGCUCCCCCCAUGGCUUUUCCAUUUGUACCAGCUCCUAGUGCUGCCUUUCCUACAGCAGAUGUUCCACGACCUUCAGAGAAAGACAGAGAUUGCCUGGUUGAAAAUGCACAAAAGGAAUGCCAAGAAGCUCAGAUAAAAGGCCAGUCUGAAGCUUUGAGAGUUGUUGUAUCUUCAGAGUCUGAUGGGAGUAGAAAAGGCAACAUGUCUAUCCAUACUGAAUUUAAGAUAUCUCCUGUCCAGAAUGCUGAAGCCACACCUACCACAGGAGCUGACACAAGUGAUGCAUUGAGGAAUAAGAAAAAGCAGGAUCGCUCUUCAUGCGGCUCCAACACGCCUUCAAGUAGUGAUGUAGAGGCAGAAAAUGUUCCUGAGAAAGAAGACAAGUCUAACGACAAGGCAAAGCAAGCCUCCUGCAGUAACUCUUCAGCUGGUGACACUAAUCACCGCAGGUUUAGAAGCAGUGGAAGCACAAGUGAUUCGUGGAAGGAAGUUUCAGAAGAGGGUCGUCUGGCUUUCGAUGCACUGUUCAGUAGAGAAAAGCUUCCACAAAGCUUUUCUCCUCCUCAGGCAGAAAAAUCAAAAGAGGUUGCCAAUGAGGAGGAAGAUGAAGUGACCACAGUUACGGUUGACCUCAACAAGAACGCCACAAGCAUUGAUCAUGAGCUCGACAUGAUGGAUGAGCCAAGAACUUCCUUCCCCAAUGAAUUGUCACACCUGAAGCUUAAAUCACGCAAAACAGGCUUCAAACCAUACAAGAGAUGUUCUGUGGAAGCGAAGGAGAACAGGGUGCCGGCUAGCGACGAGGUUGGUACCAAGAGGAUCCGUCUUGAGAGCGAAGCAUCAACCUGAUUUGCUUCCUACAUGGCUGCCGGCCAGCCUCUUCAUGGACUUUGUGUCAAAAGUCAUAUUUACACCUAAGCUAUUAUAGGACUUCAGACCUUGCAAUGCAAUGCAAUGCUUCACUAAACUCCAAUUUAUUGUGUGUUGUAUUUUAAUGCUUGCGAAGCAGCCCGUGUAGACUGCUUUUAAACCUUAUCCCGUAGACUCUGAAUUAAGCAUUAGGCGACUCUUGAACUUCUUGGUCAAAAGGUAUUUUUCCCCCUUAUGCUUUAUAUUUUGGGGAAGGAAAAUAAUUGAAAUUUGAUUCAUUUU